CACAGACCCAGGCGUGCGCUCCCUCCAAUCCACACGUUUUCAUCUCUAUCUCGUUCAUUCCGGUUCCAGUGACCGACCAGGGGUGACAGAAAACGGCUCUGUGAACAUCACCAUUCAGCAAUGCAUUAUAACGAGCAUUAGUGGCAGUAGGAGCAAUGUGGGGCUGACAGGAGCUAUGGUCAAGCUGCUGCGCUAGGCUAGGGGCGAAGAAGGCGGAAUGAACACAGAGGUGGCGGGGCUUUCUCUCCUCAGUGAAGUGGAUUGUUAAAUGUUCCUUUCUCUUCCUUUGACGAACAUGCUUUAUUUUCAGCUGGUGAUCAUGGCGGGGACGGUCAUGCUGGCAUACUACUUCGAGUACACUGACACGUUCAACGUGCACGUCCAAGGGUUCUUCUGCUAUGACAAUGUCUACGCGAAGCCGUACCUCGGACCAGAGGAGUCCAGCGCGAUCCCUCCCGCUCUACUGUAUGCGCUCGUGGCAGGGGUCCCUACACUUGUGAUCAUGAUCUCAGAGACCGUCCUGUUCUUGAUACAAUACUCGUCCAAAGAGCUGGACAGUCAGGAGAAGACCAUGCUGACAGGAGACUGCUGCUACCUCAACCCUCUGGUGCGCAGGACCUUUCGCUUUCUGGGAGUGUACACUUUCGGGCUGUUCACCGUGGACAUCUUUGUAAACGCGGGCCAGGUGGUGACGGGGAACCUGUCCCCCCACUUCCUGACGGUGUGUAAACCCAACUUCACAGCCCUGGGCUGCCAGCACGCCCUGCGCUACAUCAGCCACCAGGAGGCCUGCACCGGGAAUCAGGAGGAUAUCCUGCGUGCACGCAAAACCUUCCCCUCCAAAGAGGCUGCUCUCAGCGUCUACGCAGCCCUCUAUCUCGCGAGUUACAUCACAUGCACGGUGAAAGCCAAAGGGACGCGGCUAGCCAAGCCUGUGCUGUCCCUGGGUCUGAUGUGUCUGGCCUUCCUCACGGGACUCAACAGAGUGGCUGAGUAUCGGAACCACUGGUCUGAUGUCAUCGCUGGCUUCAUCAUAGGAGUGGCCAUCGCUACCUUUCUGGUGGUGUGUGUGGUGCAUAACUUCAAAGGCAAGCUGUUGCUCAGUGAAGACCCCCCGCAGGACAACAUGCCUAACGCUCCCAUGAUGAACAUGUCCAGAGUGGAGAGCCCACUGGAGAAGUACAUCGCCUCGCAGAAUCACAUCACCUUCGCUGAAGUCACAUGACGUUGAAUCGGCCGUUUUGCAAACCCAUUGGACAUCAACGCUCUUCACCGUCCAAUCAAAAAUCUAAUAGUCGGGGUGCAACGCUAACUCAUUAUGUACGGCUACUGUAUAAGGUCUGUCUGUGUUGUUGUCUUGUCGGUCCCUGUAUCCAAUCCUAUGCCGCAGUAAUGUAAAAACUCCUCAAUAGCUUGAUGGAAGGUCCUUUGCUGUGUUUCUCCAUCUAUUUACUGCAUUUAUUUGAUCUAUUUUUGGACUUAAUCCCCAAAUGAAGAAAAUCGACCUGAUUCAACUUGAAUUAACUUGACUUGUCAUUAUAAGCAGAAAUGCUGACACGCUGUGACCCAGAUGCCACUUUAUACUGUAGAAGAGAGGACUUCAUCAUGGAAGUGACUGAUCCAUUUUCCCACAAUGUUGGUCAGAUAUGUUCUUAUUCAUUCUGCCAUCGCUUCAUGUAAAUUAUAUUUCAUCAUUGGACUCGUUUUUGUGUACACUUCCAAUAAGCAUUGUUACAUUGUAAGAAUCAGUAUCCUAAAUAAUGGGACGAUAGGUAGCCUAUGUUGUGUUGAAUUUGUAGAUUUGUAGAUUCAAAAUGGCCCUGUUGCCACAUACAGGGACAUAUAUUUCAACCCCAGAUUAUGAGAAAUCCAUACCUAUGAUGUUGGUUAGACUUUGAUUCAUGUUGCUUCAUGUUGCUUCACUUUUAUUCAUAUUGCUUCAUGUUGCUUCACUUUGAUUCAUGUUGCUUCAUGUUGCUUCACUUUUAUUCAUGUUGCUUCAUGUUGCUUCACUUUUAUUAAUGUUGCUUCAUGUUGCUUCACUUUUAUUCAUGUUGCUUCAUGUUGCUUCACUUUGAUUCAUGUUGUUUCAUGUUGCUUCACUUUUAUUCAUGUUGCUUCAUGUUGCUUCACUUUUAUUCAUGUUGCUUCAUGUGGUAGUUCCUAAAGCCGAUGCGCCAUCAGCUGGAGCUCGAAGAGGGGUUGGUUAUCAUCUGUGUGUCAGCGUGUGUUUGUGUUUGCGUGUGUGUGUGCGAGUUGUGAAGCCUUGAGCUGUGUGUAUUGACGUGGAUGUCGUUUAAGGCAGCCCCCCGCACCUCUCUGAUUCAGAGGGGUUGGGUUAAAUGAGGAAGACACAUUUCGGUUUAAUGCAUUCAGUUGUGCAACUGACUAGGUAUCCCCUUUUACCCUUUCUGCCACACUCACAAAUCCAUAAAGGGUAGAUAAACUGCAGCAGACAAUCACCAGCUCCUCUCUCACUCACUUUCACUCACUCACUCCUCUCUCUCUCUCACACACACACACACACACACACACACAUGCACCCA